CCAGAUGGCAGCAUACAUGUGUUACGCGUUGAAAUGCUCCCGGAACCUUUGUGGCGUGAGUGUGCCACACCGGCCGAAAAAACGCGACGGACAACGACUGUGGGCAAAGUUAUUCGAUUAGGAGAUGUUUAGCUCAAACCUGUCGACUGUGUCGGCCGCCUGGCGAUUUGUGUCAACGGUCGCUCGGAAAGGUCAGUCUGGUCUCUUUUGUCGUUCUAAGCAUGGUUUCCUACCCGAGCUGGAGCUGCGAUUCCUUCAGUGCACAUGCUGUUGGAGAAACAGAAUUCCUGUUGCUGGAUUUGAGACCCUGAACACACAUUUUUUAACUCCCUCGGGACCCUGUAAGGACGACCCCGACAAACAUCUCGAUACCUGUUAUACGGCCGAACAACGUGACACCAUUCUGCAACUGCUCAACAACGCAUCGCCAUCAGAGCUGGCCUGCGUUAAGCUGCUCAAAGGCAAAAAGUCACUCAACAUUGUCGAUUACAGAAUGAAAAAUGGACCUUUUAAAACUUUGGAAAGUGUGGUGAACGUACCGUCGCUGAAGCACAAAACUGCUCACGUAGUCUUUGAUUCCAUCCUUAACCCAAUAAGGAAGGAAAAAAAAGCUAGGAUAAAGCUGGCAAAGUUUAUCAAGCCAGAAAUUGACAGGUCCUGGCUGGAGGAUGCAAAUUCCAUUGUGUCAAUAGUGUGUGGUACCAACAAAAUUGCCUGGGCAAGUGUGGACCGUGGAAUGACUGUACUGGAUUGGCAACAGCUGCAAUGUCCUAAUUUCCUGAGUGGAACGUACAUGGCGUCUGCUUACUUGAGCAAUGUUUCUGAAGUUGUGUCGCUCCUCCCAUCUGCAGACUUCUACCUUAUCGAGAAGCAAUCAUUUUCAGUACACAACAGCGCGUUGUUCCCCAUCAUUACUCACAUGAGGGCAGUGGAAGCCAUGCUGUUUGCUCUGCUCGAGCCCAAAAACACACUGUCAGAUUCCAGUAUUCCUCCUAGAGUUUUGAACAUAAACCGAGCUGCUGUGGGACGCCACUUUGGACUCCUGGUGGGGGAGUCUCGGACCAGUGGUACACACAUCAUACAGCAGCUGAUGAUUCAGUCAGUUUCGAAGAAGCCUUCCAGAGUAAACUUUCCCCAAGAGUUGUUGAUAAAGUACAGAAACCACUUCCAGAUGGACCACAGAAGAGGUGGAGAGGAACUGUGUGACGCGCUUCUUCAGGCUGUUGCGUUUUAUGAGCUGCUCAAUGAAUCUUCCAGUUAACACGGGGCGAAGACUGUCCCAGUUGUCGUCAGGUAAAGGGAGGUCCCUAGUCAAUCUGCAUGCUUUAGGACAGACAGGCCAAGUCCAGGCUGGGACUUACGGUAGACUGUGAUCAUCCCGCCGUAAGGCAGAAGCCCCCACCGUCACCCUGGACCUCUUCUAUUGAAAUCUAAAUUUGUUUGUUGUAAAUUUGUGUUCAUUUUCACCCAAUGUUAGUUUGAUCAUGUUGUGUCUGUAUGCAAGUCUGAAAUCAAGAAGUGAAUUAAGGAAGUUCUAUCAGUGUAAAAGGGAAGAAGGUACAGUUCAACCGGAGACACAGAUUUCUUGCUGUUUUAACACUGACGUAAUGAACUAUCAUUAUUAUUACAAAUGCAACUCAAUAACAACCUGAUUCCAGUGUCUUCUGUGACCAGGAAGGCAGCACACAGCCCUGUUGAUGGAGACGUGUGUUGUUGGCCAAACAUCCGGUAUGGGAGACGGGACUGUUCAAUGAAAAGCUGGCGUUGGACAAAGCUCAAUGUUGGAUUAGAUUCACUUCUUACUGUCGUCAUUGGUGUUUCCUGCUUAUACAUAUAAAAUGUUUUAGCUGGAAUAUUUAAUAAAAUUCAGCAAAUAAACAUUAAGGUUUAGUAUUGGCUAAUGUCUCCAAUCAGCAAUAAUUUGUCAAAUGUUUUUUUAUUUCUUUAAAUAUAAAAGUCCCCUUAGCCAGAGAAUACAACUUUUAACAGGGUUUUUUUGACAAUUAAUGAAUGUCUCCCUUCUGGAAGAUAAAAAAAAAAAAAAAAAAAAAAAAAGA